CCGGGAAACAACAGUAGCGCGAGAGCCUGGGUGCAAGUGGGACAGGAAGGUCUGUUGUGGAAGCGAGGGGGAGGGAGCACGAGCGUUGCCCCAACAAGCGUCGAAAAGGGAGGAACAGUUGCCAGGGAAGGGGAAGGAAGCCAUGGCCGGAAGACGGGCGAGAGGACUGCUAGACGCCGAAAUGGACGACGGGGAUACCCUCGCCCUCUCCCACUCGCUGAAUACCAUGGCCACUCGCACCGAGGGAGAGGAAGACAUUGAAGACGAGGAGGAGGAGGAAGAGGAGGAGGAAGAGAAUGAUGGCUCUGGGGAUGAGGAAGAGAAAGGGGACGAAGAAGACGUGCAGCGGAACAAGGAGAACCAUCCGACGGAGAAUGUGUCCGGAACGGCGAGAGUGAACUAUUCGCUGGCGUUCAAGUACCUAGAGGAAACAUACACGUCAGCGCAAACACUUUUUGAGAUGAAGCCGGACUUUGAUCUCCGAGGGUGUAAGUGGGCUUUGCAGCCCACACAGCAGGGGUUGUUCUUCUACCGUUAUCUGACGAGGGCAUGCAAAUACGAACCUGUGGGUCUUUGCAUUUGGGUUGCGAAGACCACAAGAGUUGAAGACGGACAAGAGGUCCACGUGACGAAUCUAUGGACAGAAAGGAAGAAGGUAAUCGCGAGAUAUGUCCUACAAAAGAGAGACUAUGUAUGGGAUGCUUUCCAAGACCCAAAUGGAGUACUGCAUCACAAGCUCCGGACAGCUCCCGACGAGGUGUUCUGCAAUACGCUGGGUACCUACGUCGCCUUCUACUACACCACUUUCAUGACAAACCGCCAGAUUUCUGGGGGUGUUCAGUCUUCGCCCCUCCCUGCUGUGUCUGGUGGUGGUGUCUUUCAUCCUUCAACGCAGAUGGGUGUGCCUCGUAAUGUGCCGCAUCCUGUUGGCAAUGUUUUCCUUUCCUCUUCGCAAAUGCCUGGUUCUGGUCUUGCUCCCGUUCAGCAGACACCGGCGGUGUCCCAGGCUAAGAUCAAAGCUGUGAAGAUGAAGAAGGGCGUGGGUGGCAAGCAGGCCAGGUCUCUUGAGGUUGCUGAGUCAAGUGCAUCUGACAGCGAGGUGGGGAAAGGGAAAAAGGGUGAGGCGGGGAAAGGGAAAAAGGGUGGGAGGCCAGAGAAACGGAAUACGAAGAAUGUUUCCCAGGAACGCCUUGCUCUCAUGACGCUCAAUCCUCUGAUGAACGUGUCUGAGAAGAAUGAGAUAGUGAGUGAGUCUGCAAAUAUGCCUUACAAGCCUCUGUUGGGGAUGACUGGGCUUAAUGAUGCUUUGGUGAUCCCUGUUCUCACAGAAGUUAAGAGCGGGGUCCUGUCGCUUGACGAGAUGAACAACAAGUUCACGCUUCUCAAGAUUCGUCAGAGGACAGUGAUUGCUUUCGUGGAAGGGGUCGGGGCAGACAGUUGGGAGGCUGCCAAAGAGGAGUUCCCGGUGCAUACGCAGGAGGCUAUGUUGUCGCAAUACUAUGGGUUGUAUGAGAGGAAUGUCAAGGAGACUCCUAUUGCUAUGCAGCUGUACAUUGCCAAGGUCCUCAACUACAAAGACAAGCUGCGCCUUUCACAGCAAGAGGAGCAAACUGCAGCAAUACAAGAUCCUGAGGGCCUCCUGACAAACUGGACUGCUUUCGAGGGGGAGGGCUACAGGGGAACCGUGAAGGUGGCGCACUGUGACAUGCUUCAGCUACCUGAGAAAGUGCAGGACAGACUCCCCUUCACCUUGUGCAUUAUGGACUUCCCUUGCGGCUACAACGCAGAGGAUUCUAUGGAUGAUGAGGAGCCAUUCGGGAAGCCCCAGAUAGAGGGCAGCAUUGCGAGUUUCAAGAAGAUCACAUGUGCACCCUAUUGGGUCAUGGCUGGAUUCUGCUCAUCAAACAUGCUCACUGAUGUGAAAUUCGCAUUCUCAAGUGCUUGCAAUUGUGGGGUGGAGGUGGGCAUUUGGGUGGCUCCCAACGUUUCUACUUCUGCAGGUGUCAAGCUCACUAACUGUUGGCAGCAUUGUGUUAUUGGUUUUCAUAGUGAGAGCGGCUGCAGGGAGCCCAUUCAGUUUCAGUUCAUCGACUCUGACACCAGAAUGACCUGCUGGAAUCACAAUGCGGUGGUGAGGAAGUACACUUUUGCUGCAGACAACGAGAUUUUGUGCCCCUACCAGAAACCCAUUUCUUUGUAUGAAUGGCUGAUCAAGAAGUUUUUUGAACCGAAUGACUCAUACAUAGUAGAUGCUUUCUCAGGAUCAGGGACUGGAGCCAUUGCAACACUGUUGUCCAAGAGACAUGUGUUGGUCGUUGAGAACGACCUGCGUUGUGUGAGGGGGAUCAGGGCAAGGUUGGCAGGGAGAGACUUCGUUGAGAGUGCCGCCAAGGAGAUCGAUACCCGGGGCCGCACAGUGGCAGAGGGUUGGCGGCACGCCUGAGGCUUCGAGGCAUGCAUGAGUUGAUGCAGACCCUCCACUCGGUCCACGUGGAUUUCAUUGACUUGACUGCGGCAUGCUUACUUUGCUAUUGAGACA